GGUCUUCCAAACUCACUUCACUAUAGCCAGCAUAGAGUCGAGAACGAGUUGGCCGCAAGACCAAAUUCUGUGAACAUAUAAAUAUUCUGUCAGCCCUGACAUUGAAUCAGAGCAACUUCUAAACCUUACUAAGGGGAUUCCAAUACAUACUAAGCUGUUUCGAGGAUGAGUACAGCAAAGCGUAGAGGAAGACCGGGGUCUCAAGCGAGUCUCGGGUUGAGUAUGAACGACGACAUGGAGAUGAGCGAGAAGGGAAGACCACAAUCUUCACUUUCAAGGAACGCUUGGUCCGAUGAUGAUCUUCUAAACGGACCAGGAGGAGAUGACGUGGAUUUCUCUUCUCCAAGAGCGCCUGCUUCGGCCGCUGUUGAUGUGAUUCCAUCGGCUAUGGAGUCUGAACCCGUUUCUCACCAGAAGCAAGUUCCAGCCGAUGUACGUGCUCCGGGAGCGAAGAAUGUUCCUGUCGGAUGUUGGACUCGGUUCAAGAGAAUCGUACGAGGGCUAUGGAGGACUCGGCAGACUGAAGACACAGACACUGACAGAGAGAUGCAUAUCAAGACCACACUCAGAGAACUCCUAAUCUAUCUGGUCUUUAUUACAGUUCUCUGCAUCUUAACCUUUGGUAUGACCAAUUCUACCAUGUACUACUUCACCAAGGUCAUGAGAGAUCUCUUUGUGGAGAGCAGCAUGUCAAACAGGAACACCUUCAAGGAAAUUACCACCAUGAGCGAAUUCUGGAUGUAUGCCGAGGGACCACUCUCUGAUGGACUCUACUGGGAAAAAUACUACAACGACAAGAACGUCUCGCAAGACGACAUGGGCUUCAUUUACUUUGAAAAUAAAAUCCUUGGAAGACCACGAAUCCGCCAGACUCGAGUCCUAAACGAUUCCUGUGUUGUUCAUGACGACUUCAAGAGUGUGAUAAAGGAAUGCUAUGCUCCAUACUCACCCAGUGCAGAAGAUACGAAUCCUUUUGGAAAAAUGAACGGCACAGCCUGGACUUACAAGACGGAAAAAGAACUCGAAGGCAGGUCAUACUGGGGAAGAUUGACAACCUAUUCAGGCGGUGGAUUCACUCAGCUGUUGGCUCUUAAAAAGGAAGACACCAAGGCAGUCUUCAAUGAUUUGAAGGAAAAUCUGUGGCUAGAUCGUGGAACCCGAGCGGUGUUCAUUGACUUCAGUGUGUAUAACGCGAACAUUAACCUAUUCUGCAUCGUCCGACUUCUCUUCGAAUAUCCAGCAACCGGUGGCUGUAUCCCAUCCUUUAACUUCCGAACCUUGAAGCUGAUCCGCUAUGUGGAUGCAUUCGACCAUUUUGUCAUGGCUUGCGAAGGAAUCUUUAUCCUCUUUAUCAUCUACUACACCAUUGAAGAAAUUUUGGAAAUCAAGAAACAUAAGAUGCAGUAUUUCAAAAGCUUCUGGAACAUUUUGGACAUUGUGGUCAUCAUGCUCGGUUACGUUGCCGUUCUGUUCAAUCUCUACCGAACAGUCGUUGUUGGCGACCUCUUGACGUCGCUUCUCGCUAACAGCAACCAGUAUGCAAACUUCGACUCUCUUGGCUUCUGGCAGACUCAGUUCAACAACAUGGUUGCUGUGGCCGUCUUCUUUGCCUGGAUCAAGGUGUUCAAGUACAUUAGCUUCAACAAGACCAUGACUCAACUGUCCUCAACUCUCUCUAGGUGCGCCAAAGAUGUCGCUGGAUUCGCUAUCAUGUUCUUCAUCAUCUUCUUUGCAUACGCUCAACUUGGAUACCUCAUUUUCGGAACACAAGUGCGUGACUUCAGUACCUUUCAAGACAGCAUUUUCACUCUGUUCCGUAUCAUCCUUGGAGACUUCGACUUCCACCAGAUCGAGAACGCCAACCGUGUUCUCGGACCCCUGUUCUUCAUCAGCUACGUGUUCUUCGUCUUCUUUGUCCUGCUCAACAUGUUCUUGGCUAUCAUCAACGAUACCUAUGCAGAAGUUAAGUCUGAUAUCGCUGCUCAGGAAAGUGAAUUCGAGAUUACCGACUACUUUAAGAAGGGAUACCAGAACAUGCUAAACAAACUCUCCUUCAAGAGAGAGAAGAUCAUUGACAUCCAAAAGGCUUUGAAAUCGGCCGAUGUGAACCAAGACAACAAACUCGACUUCGAAGAAUGGCGCGCAAACCUUAAAUCUCGUGGUCAUGCUGAUGCUGAAAUUGAAGCCGUUUUUGCCAAAUACGACUUGGAUGGAGACCGAAUUCUUGAUGAGGAUGAGCAAAGACGAAUGCAGGAAGAUCUCGAGGGACAGAAGGCUGAGCUUAAUGAGGAAAUUCAAGAGAUGGAACGCAACAAAGAAACCAGACCAAAGAGCGGCAGCCGUGCUAGCUUCCGUGGCAGUGAUAUCGAUAGUGAUGAUGACGACGAUGAGUCAAACGGUGGAUUGAGCGGACGUGCAGCAUCCGCUACUGGCCAUCGCCGCGGAGGUGGCGGAGGAGUCUCUUAUGAAGAAUUCAAUGUACUGAGCCGUCGUGUGGACCGCAUGGAUCAUUCCAUUGGAAGCAUUGUAUCGAAGAUUGAUGCCGUUCUUGUCAAGCUCGAAGCCAUGGAAAAAGCCAAGUUGAAGAGACGUGAAACGAUGGCCAAACUUCUUGAUAGCAUCACAGAGAGUGAGCGAGCCGGACGAAGUGAUGAUGACGUGAAACGCGACCAAAUGGAGAAACUUGUCCGAGAGGAGCUUGAACGCUGGGAUAGUGAAUCCUCAAUGAACCGCGGGGACUCACGCGGCCCAAGCCCCAGCGGAUCACGUGCUAACACGGCCAAAUCUGGACGCUCAGUUUCCCGUGGUUCGGUCCAGAGCAGUUUGGGCUCCGUCCGUGUUCCUGUUCGCCAGGAUGAGCAAAGACCGCCACCACCUUUUGGUGAACACACUAAUGUGUGAGAAAAUCUUUCACUACACCAAAUCUGCCAGAAUACAGAGAGAGAGAGAGAGAGAGAGAGUGUACUAACUCCAGAGCAUGAAUACUACACAUAUAAAUAUAUCACAAAAAUUAUUUAAAAUCACGUCUAAAAUUAACGAUUAACUAACGAAGGAAUAGAACUAGAAUUUGCUAGUUAUAAAUUAAACUCUUUCUAGAUUUUUAUUGCUUUUAACAUGUAUCAUACCUAGUAUAUCUUAUGACAGUCUGAGAUUUUCAUUUAUAUUACGCAAAUUAUGAAUGCCUUGACAGUGUCUUGGAAGCUAUGUUUUGGAAUUAGAAUGCACUUAGGAUGAUCUUGACAAAACAUUGAAGUGCCGAUCCCAGUUGGGGGGUGGGGGCACGAGUAUGAAUAUUUGGUGGCUUUCCAAAUAACAGCCACCUCCCUCCAAAUCCUCCAGCAUUAGUGUCACUUCAGUGGUGUUCAAUGUCAUGUAAAAAAACUUAGACUGUUGCUUUGCUACAAGUGGAUACCUUACCUUGAUCAGACUAAAUGUAUCAGUUUCAUUUUAGAUUUUACCAUAAAAUGAGUGCCACAGUGUGCAUAAUAUGUCAAUGUGUAGUGAAUAUGCUAAGUUAGCACUUUAUUGUCAAUAUUUCAGGGGGAAAUACAGGGAUUCCAGGUUUGCAACUAAGUAUUAUUGCAUGCUUGAUAUGCAUGAUAAAAACCCAUGAACUCUAUUAGGGGUUUUUCUUAACAUGGUAAUAUAUAUAACAAAAUCCCUUGGAGCACUAUCAAAACUGACAAUCUUCUGGUUUUAGAAGAGUAAGGCACUAGUUUAGCAAUAGGUUUAACAAACCUCUAUCACUAGCCCAAGAAUGCAGAGUUUUUCUAUAUGCAUUGAUGGGAAAGAAAAGAGAAGAGUGGGAAGGGAAGGGGAUGGGAUGAAAUAUUAUGGCCCGUGAGAUGCAUGUGAAUAUAGUGAAUUAGACUACAUAGUUGUGAAUGUUGCAAGAUAAUUCAUGUAGGUCUUACCCAUGCAUAAAACAAAAAAUAAAAUUCACCCAAUAAAAAAGGUUGUUCAAUUA